UAUAUUCCAUUUAUAUAUUAUUAAGAUUAGCUGGAAAUGAGAAUAAGUAAAAAUAUGAUUUAAAAACAAAAAUGUGAACUUUUAAAAGUACCAAAGUGCAAAUAAAUGUUGUUUAAAUUUCCCUAUUUAUCAUUCAUAUUUUACACAAUACCUAAUGUAAAAGUAUCCAACUAUCUAUUUUAAGUUUUAACCACUGUUGAUUUAAGGAAAAAUUGUUCGUUUAAAUUUCGUGAAUACAUUGUGCAGCCACGAUUCUGUAACCGUUCAUUGGCAGUAUUGACUUUCAGUACAUGAUUGGACGUAUGGUCGGAGGAGGACAUCAGUUAGAAGUUGUGGCAAAGAUGAAAUGCUCGAGUAUUUGGAAAAGAAAAAUGUUGAACGCUGAGAAACAGUGAUAACCCCAAAAACGUAAUGAUCAUAUAAACAUAACUACCGGAAAAAAUUAGAUCAAUUUCAAUGUUUAUAAUACGUCGAGCCAAAACUAGAUAUAAAUAGAUUAGAUAUUAAAAUAUCUUAAAUUAUAUUAUAUUCUUAGCUAUUUAUUUUACGUAAUUAAGUAUAUAUAAUUUUUUGUAUCAAUAAAUAAAACUCGACAAAUAUAUUGUGAAAUGCAUUUAACUAUGGAUUAUUUUUUGGUAUUUGCCAUUUCAUCACAGUUUUGGUAGGUAUCGGUUACGAAAAAACUGCACAAUAUUGGUGAAAAAAACGCAAGAAUCCUUGGACAUCUUGUACAUUGCAAUGUGAAGGAAGUUAUCGUGAUGAAAAUUCACUUGUUUUAUAUUUUAUUACAUACAAACGACAUUUAACAAAGUGAAAACCUCUUAAACAGUGAAUGAAGUUAAAUUAUAUACUAAUUUGUUUUCCGUUUUGUGGCUUAUAAUAUAGAGUACUUAUAUAUAAAUAAUUAUUUGUCCAUCAUUUAAUAAUAAUUUGUGUAAUUAACAAUAAAUUAUCCUGUGCGAUUUGAUUUUGAUGUUUAAUAUAAACCACAUUGGGUGUGAGGGGUGUAUUUACGAUUUCGUAUUUUUGUUUUUGAAGGGAACUAAGGGAAGGGUUUAUGUAUUUAUCUCUAGCUCUCCAAUGGCAGAGUGCAGGUUAUAUUUAGUUAUAUAGAGUGUUACCUCUAUCCAGUAAUAAUAUACCUGAAUUCUCCGGGAGAGUUCAAAAGUUCCAACCUGAUAAUGUCGGACCGUGGCCGACGGAUCCAACUUGCAUCUUACUUGUUGAAUGCAGACAAGUCAGAAGCGAGAAGCCUGUAGGACACUUGUACCCAAUUAUUACUCGGACAGUGGACUGGUUUCGGGAAAGCUGUAGCUGGAGCUAUCAAAAAUAAUAAAAGCCAAACGCUUCCAAGGCACAUGUAAUCCUGGCAAAAUUAUAGGAUAGGUCAUCCCGUGACCCGAUCAAUGUCACCAAACUAAGGCAUGGGACGUAUGAUUGUACAUAUCACAUAUCGUAAUUAUGUUUAACGUAGAUCAACUUAUUAUUUAAUACUUUAAUAUACAAAUUAUUAAGGACGUUCAUUUUAAGUUGCUGUUUAUAGUUACUUAGGUAUAGGUUACCUAGGAAUCAUAUGACUUUGUAACUAAAUAUCAAUCAGAUAUAAGUUCUGAAUUUACCGGUCAACUUAUCUCUCUUAAGGAAAUGAUCAUAGACAAAAAUUUAAAAACAAUUGGUGAACUUGCAACAUUUAUCCUAAAAAAUGAUUUUUCUAUAAGUUACUCUGAAGUACUAGGAGCCUGCAUGCUAUUCUUAGUAUUGCCAGUUACAGUUGCCUCUGCAGAAAGAUCAUUUUCUAAAUUAAAACUUAUUAAGAACUUUCUGAGAAAUUCUAUAGCACAAGAUCGUUUGACUAAUAUAGCUAUACUUAAUGUAGAACAAAUUCGUACAUCAGAAUUAAAUUUAGAAAAGGUUAUAAAUGACUUUGCUAAUUUAAAAGCAAGAAAAAUGAAUUUCCGUUCUUAAUUUGAAUGAUUAUGCACAUAUCUAUAGCACAUAUUAUUAUAAGUAUUAUGAUUUAUGACACAUUUACAAUGACUUGAACUAAGUUAUACAAUUGUAUUCCAUAUUGUUUGUAAUUAUUUUUUUUUCUAUAUAAAUAGGUAGUAGAUAUCAUAUAUUAUGAAAUUUGUUGAAUUAAUGUCUAAUAUCAAGUAAUGAGUAUAAUAAAUUGAUAUCUUAUCAAUUAUUAUUAUUUGUAUAUGUUUGUGAU